AGUCGAGGAAGAACGCGGAGACGUCACACGGGGAGAUGCAGCCAGCAGUAGCUGCUCCACCACUAAUCACACAACAUUAACAUAACUAGCUAGCGCCCGCUAACGCAGCCCGCUCCGUGGUAUUCGCACUUGGUCCACCGUACGCCCCGGGACCGCAAGAAACAAAACGCGAGAUUAAUUCACAGACGGUGCAACAACAAAAAACAGAAUAACGGGGAAACGACGUUACGGUCGCAUACGGUUGUCGUGGCCUCUCCCCGCACCCGACUGGCAGGCUGUCUUGGCUAGCUUAGCGACACAGCCCGACGAUAGCGAACUCCGCCUUGGCUAGCGUCAGGCUAGCCCAGCCAGCUAGCUAGCUAGCUACUAACGUCGCCAACGGUGGUUAGCUAGCUAGCUAGCGCGAGCUGAGGUAACUUGCGUCAUGGACGAACUCGUCGUGGAAGUGAGGGGGACGAGCGGAGCCUUUUAUAAGGCCUUUGUGAAGGAUGUUCUCGAAGGAUCGGUCACGGUGGCAUUCGAAAACAAUUGGCAGCCGGAGCGUCAAAUCACAUUCCAGGAUGUGCGUUUUCCUCCCCCAACGGGCCUCUGCAAGGAGAUCAACGAGAGCGACGAGGUCGAGGUAUAUUCCAGGGCUAAUGACAAGGAGCCAUGUGGAUGGUGGCUGGCGAAGGUUCGCAUGGUCAAAGGAGAGUUUUACGUAAUAGAGUACGCCGCGUGUGACGCUACGCUAAAUGAGAUCGUGACGCUGGAGCGGUUACGGGCGGUCAACCCCAAUAAACCGGCCACCAAAACCACCUUCAUCAAGAUCAGCCUGGAAGUACCCGAGGAUCUACGGCAGAUGUGCUCCAAGGAAUCGGCACACAAAGACUUCAAAAAAGCAGUGGGAGCGUUCAACGUCAUCUACGACUCUGAGAAAAAGCAGCUGGUCAUUUUGUCUGUGAACGAGGUCACCACCAAGCGGGCCAACAUGAUGAGUGACAUGCACUUCAGGAGCCUCCGCACCAAACUGUCACUCAUGCUGAGGAACGAGGAGGCCAACAGGCAACUGGAGAAUUCCAGGCAGCUGGCGUCGCGGUUUCAUGAACAGUUUGCCGUUCGUGACGAUCUCAUGGGUCUGGCCAUCGGGACCCACGGGGCCAACAUUCAGCAGGCCCGUAAAGUCCCCGGAGUCACCAACAUAGACCUGGACGAGGAGACGUGCACCUUUCACAUAUACGGAGAGGACCAGGAUGCAGUGCGCAUAGCGCGGAGUUUCCUGGAGUUCUCCGAAGAUAUCAUCAAAGUUCCUCGGAACUUAGUAGGGAAGGUGAUCGGCAAAAACGGCAAGCUGAUCCAGGAGGUGGUUGAUAAGUCUGGGGUGGUUCGGGUUCGCAUUGAGCCGGAGAACGACAAAAAGCCCUCGGCAGCGGCGGCGGCAGCAGCAGACGAGGGAAUGGUGCCCUUUGUGUUUGUGGGGACCAAGGAAAGCAUCUCCAAUGCUACAGUGCUUCUGGACUAUCACCUCAACUACCUUAAGGAGGUGGAUCUGCUUCGCCUGGAACGCCUUCAGAUCGACGAGCAGCUGAGACAGAUCGGAGGGGGAGGUGGAGGAGGGGGGACGGGGCCGCGGAACCUCAAAGACAAAACCUACGUGUUCGAUAACGGCAUGGGGCUGGGCAUGGGCAUGGGGAUGGGGAUGGGCAUGGGGAUGGGGAUGGGGAGGGGGGGAGCAGGAGGCGGCGGGGGCAUCGGAGGAGGAGGAGGAGGCAAGCCCUACGGAGGAAGGGGAGGAAGAGGCGGCAGAGGGCAAAGAGGAGCAGGAGGUGCAGCUUUCGCCUCAGGCACCAACUCGGAGGCGUCCAACGCCUCAGAGACGGAGUCGGACCACAAAGACGAGCUCAGCGAUUGGUCGCUGGCCCCCACCGAGGAGCUGCUGACAGGAGGCGGGACCAUGCCCAGACGGACAGACGGGAGGAGGAGAGCAGGCGGAGGAGGGCUGCGGGGACGAGGGGGGAGAGGAAGAGGAGGAGGAGGGUACAAAGGUGACGACAUGCAGUGGAGCGAGCCUCGGCCUCGUCAUGUCCGAGACCCCAAGACGAGAGCGCAGGAAGACACGCUACAGAUCCGCGUGGAUGGUAACAACGAGCGCAGCGUGCAGCACUCCUCGGGGGGGAGGGGAGGCGGCGGGCCCUCGUCCCAGGGUGGCGUCGGCGGUGGCGUCGGCGGAGGCGGCAGCGAAGGGCCGCUUCGCCACCAUCAGAGACCCAUCAGAGACCGAGGGAUGAAGAAGGACAAACAGGACGCUCCUCCACUGGUGAACGGAGUGUCAUAGACACACCACUGGAGGACCUUCUUACUUAGACACACACACAAACACACACUCACACUCACACACACACACACACAGGCAACUCGUCAUAAACCAUCGUAGAGUCUCUCUCGCUUUUUUCUUUCUCUGUCAUUGUCAACAACGUGAACACACACAUCUCAUCAGCACGGAAGAGUUUCCCGUAGUGAAGUCGUAGACCAGAGGCCAUCUGGUUUCUGCUGGGCCGCUCUGUUGAGGUCUCUUGAGUGUCCCGGUCCAGUUCGUCCCCGACUGUUCUGGUAUGUCUUGUUCUUCGCUGGAGGGACAAAAGAAAAAGAAAUGGUACUCUUUUUUGGACAAAAGGAAAAGAAGAGGAGGGAUCCGACUCAUCUCUCACAGAGGCACUCAAGCGCGGUCCCCUUCCCUUCACAGGCAAAUCAUUUUUUGCUUGUUUUCUAUUUUCAAAUGAACUAAAUCGGGUGAAUUUCCCCAAAAAUGUUUUGCCACUGUCCUAAUUGGUUGACCAGGAAACCCAGAAUUACAGCAGCAUGAAAACAUGUGGAAGGAAUUUCCCUCCUGCUGUACCACAUUUUUUUACUGCAGAUGUUAAUUGUAGAGCUAUUCUGACGGCUCACAGUUUCAGUGGCAUUGGUGUUUCCCACCGGUUGAGAAUUUAUUUUUGGUGGUCUAAGACUCCAAAAUCUAGCACUUGAGGAGUUCAAAGUGUCCGUGUUUUAGGAUAAUUUACGAACAGGUUUGCACGAGGCAACGAAAUCACCAACCGAUACUCAUCGUUUUAAGUCGUCUGUGUUUUAGUUUCUGGUUGCCAAGAACAUGUAGAAAUCCUCCCGGCCGAGCAUGAAUCCAACGGGGAAACAUAAAUCUGAGGCACUCUGAUGCAAAGAUAUUAACUCCUAAGAGUCAUCAACAGGGUACAAACCGUCUUGCACUGCUGUUCUAUUUAAAUAGGAACGACCUGUGACGAGGCCAACAGUGACAGGGAGUCCACAUCAAAAGCAAGCUGAACCGCUCGGAGCCCAAACCGUCUUCACUGGGCGGACUGAAAUCACAAAUUCUUUGUACAAAAAAAAUAAAACUUAAGUGGAAAAAAAAGUUUUUAAGCAGGCUGCAUGAAGAUCAUCAACACUGUUGUUUUUUUAAACUCUCCACACAAGAUCUCAUUGUCCACAGUGACACCAAAAACCUGAGAGACGUGUGUUCUGAUAUUUUAAGAAACCACACAAAAAAAAAAGUACCUACUGUAAAUCUCCACCGAUAGCAGGAUUCUCAAUGCAGCAUACGACGGGUCCAACCUGCACAAUAGUCGUUCCAAAAGAAGCAGCGAUACCACAGUCAUAAAUACAAGCGUCGUCUCGAUUCGGCCACACCAACUGACUUUUGGACCUCAACGGUGGGAUAUUUCCCGGAGGCUGGUAGCUUUUGUCUAGUUCCACGCACUUACAUUUAACUAAGCACUCUUGGAUGGACGCCAGUGAAAUAAUUCCAUCGAUUUUAUUAUUGUUGCUUUCAGACAAACUCGAUCAGGUUGCAGGAUCAAGGCGGCAACAUGGUGAAUGUAGAACUCCUGUCAGCUGAUCACAUGAGCUUUUUCUUUUAAUUUAUGAAAACCUUUGUAUUUAACCUUUUUUGUUUUGUUUUUGCAGUUAGAAAACCUGUUUGAAGUAUUACUGUAGAAGAAACGACGUUUCAUUGAGUUAUACCUUGACAAAAUAAAAAAGAAAUUGGUGUAAAUUUAA